GUCGGUCCAAGUCUGCAAUUUUUGUUCUUAGCUGCUGAGGAGAGAUGAACACUCAGAGUUUUCUGUUCAUUUUCUUUUUAUCGCUUGAAAAUCCAGUUUUCUCACACGAAGAUUUUUACCAGGUCAGAGCAUGCUGUGCGUUUAAUGGUCCUAACUUUAACAAUAUUGAGUACACAAUUAUGACUAGCUUCAACAAGCAGAAUAUGAUGCAGUACAACAGUACAAGGGGAAACUGGAUUGGAUUUACACAAUAUUCACAUGAUAAUUCAUAUUACUGGAAUAAGGAUCCUGCUGAUGCGCUUCAAAGAGUACUGCAAAAGAAACUUCUGUGUUACGACAACCUACACCAUAUCCGAACAAUGGGAAACCUGUCAACAACACCCACCAUCAGGAUCAAAUCUCUCAUAAAGCCUGAUGGUCGACAUCCAGCCUUGCUUAUCUGCAGUGCUUAUAACUUUUACCCGAAGCAAAUCCAACUAACCUGGCUAAGAAAUAAUCAACAAGUGACUAAAGGGGUCACUUACUCAGAUGUGAUUCCUGUUGGAGACUUGUACUACCACUUUCAUUCUCACCUGGAGUACAGUCCAGCUCCUGGAGAAAAAAUCAGCUGCAUGGUUGAACAUUUAACAAUGUCUGAACCAAGGGUUGUAGUUUGGGAUGACUCCCUUCCAAAGAAAGAAAAAACUAAGAUUGUUGUUGGUCUGAUUGGACUGAUACUUGGUUUGGUUAUCCUAAUAUCUGGAUUUAUUUACCACAAACAAAAGUCUGCUGUGUACAACUCGAUCUGCCAAGGUGAGGACAUUGAAGGGAACCAAUUAAAGGGAACCUAA